UUAGGUACACAUUGUUGAUGGCUCAUCUCAACAACCGGAGUAUGAAUACGACGCAGUUCGACUUGAACUGGAAAUGUUCAGUCCUGAAAUUGCUGAAAAACCAUAUAUAGUUGCAUACAACAAAAUGGAUCUCCCUGAUGCAUAUGAAAAAUGGGAAUCAUUCCAGAAACACCUUCAGUCGCGUGGGAUUGUACCUUUUUGCAUCAGUGCAAUAAAUAGACAAGGGACUAGAGAAUUAAUUACUGCUGCUUAUGAGCUUAUACGCCAACAAGUUGAAGAUAAAAAAGAAGAUAGUUGGAGAGAUCCGGUGCAUUUUAGUCAUGUGGCUGAAAUGGUGAAAAAGCAACGGACGGCUCCCAUAAAUGAAUUUGAGAUCUCUCAUGAUAGUAGCUCCAAUACAUGGCAUGUUGAAGGCGCCGGUUUGCAACGAUUUGUUCAAAUGACUAAUUGGAGAUAUAUGGAUUCUGAUAGACGGUUUCAGCAUGUGCUAGAGGCAUGUGGUGUUAACAAGUCGUUAAUUAAGCGUGGUGUGAAGGAAGGUGACACAGUCGUCAUUGGUGAGAUGGAGAUGGUAUGGCAUAAUUCUCUGAACAGUUCUGGCCCUAACAGGAAGAUCUCAACAGAUUCUGUGAAGUGGGCUGAUUGGAAACAAUAAACCAUAUUAUUCUAGUCAAAGAAAGGUGCUGGUUAUUUUAUGAAGUGGAUGACAUAUGUUGGAGUUACAGUAAGUACUGGAUAUAUACGUCUCAUUGGGCCGGAUAAUGUGACAAACAGCCGUAGACGGUUGGGCUUGAAUGUCGGAUCCGAAUCUCAUCAUAUGGAACCCCAAGUUGGAACUCUAACAGUUUUUCCUAAUUUUUACAAUUUCAAAUUAUUUUUAUGUUGUAAAACAUGGGAUAUUUGAUUGCAUUAAUUUACGCCUUUGUUUAGGUAGUCAAAUUAAUUCCUGAGGUGUUUUAGGCUCGACUUGCCUGAUUUAUAUUUAUCGGAUAAAGAGAGAUGUAUGUAAUAGUUGAACAUUAGAUAUUUUAUCAAUUUUCUUUCAGGGUGCUUUUACAGUUGUGCCUCC